AUGAGCGGCCGAGUGGGAGACCUGAGUCCCAAGCAGGCAGAGACCCUGGCCAAGUUCCGAGAAAAUGUCCAGGACGUGUUGCCCGCCCUGCCCAACCCGGAUGACUAUUUCCUUCUGCGCUGGCUCCGAGCUCGGAAUUUUGACCUUCAGAAAUCAGAGGCCAUGCUCCGCAAGUACAUGGAGUUCCGGAAGACCAUGGACAUUGACCACAUACUUGAAUGGCAGCCCCCUGAGGUGAUCCAGAAGUACAUGCCUGGGGGCCUGUGCGGCUAUGACCGAGACGGCUGCCCCGUGUGGUACGACAUCAUCGGGCCGCUGGACCCCAAGGGCCUGCUCUUCUCGGUCACCAAGCAGGACCUGCUCAAGACCAAGAUGAGGGACUGUGAGCGCAUCCUGCAUGAGUGUGACCUCCAGACGGAGCGGCUGGGGAGGAAGAUUGAGACCAUUGUGAUGAUAUUCGACUGCGAGGGGCUGGGGCUGAAGCACUUCUGGAAACCCCUGGUAGAAGUGUACCAGGAGUUCUUCAGCCUCCUUGAAGAGAAUUACCCAGAGACCCUGAAGUUCAUGCUCAUUGUGAAAGCUACAAAACUGUUCCCUGUGGGAUACAACCUCAUGAAGCCCUUCUUGAGUGAGGACACUCGCAGGAAAAUUGUAGUGUUGGGAAGCAACUGGAAGGAAGGAUUGCUAAAACUCAUUAGUCCUGAGCAACUGCCUGCCCAGUUUGGGGGGACCCUGACCGACCCAGAUGGGAACCCCAAAUGUUUAACCAAGAUCAACUACGGCGGGGAGAUCCCCAAGUCCAUGUACGUGCGGGACCAGGUGAAGACUCAGUACGAGCACUCGGCGCAGAUCAGCCGCGGCUCCUCCCACCAGGUGGAAUACGAGAUCCUGUUCCCAGGCUGUGUCCUCAGGUGGCAGUUCGCGUCGGAUGGGGGUGACAUCGGCUUCGGGGUUUUCCUGAAGACCAAGAUGGGGGAGCGGCAGCGGGCCGCAGAGAUGACGGAGGUGCUGGCCAGCCAGCGCUACAACGCCCACAUGGUGCCCGAGGAUGGGAGCCUCACCUGCCUGGAAGCCGGCGUCUACGUCCUGCGCUUUGACAACACCUAUAGCUUUGUCCACGCCAAGAAGGUCAGCUUCACAGUGGAGGUGCUGCUCCCGGAUGAGGGCAUGCAGAAAUACGACAAAGAGCUCACCCCUGACUAG